GCAGUAGCGGUCGGAUUGACCAUUGCUGCUGCAGGAUUUGCAGGCCGUUAUGUGUUGCAAGCUAUGAAGCGUAUGGAGCCAGGUCUUCAAAGUCUACCGAAAUCGGCCUUCAGUGGCGGCGAUUACAGAGGGGGGUUUGAACCCAAAACGACAAAACGAGCAGCCCUAAUACCAGGUGUAAGCCGUACUGCCAACAAAGGAAAAAUAAGAGAUGCACAUCGAGGAAUUAUGCUUUUAAAUCACCCAGACAAGGGAGGAUCUCCUAAUAUAGCAGCCAAAAUCAGGGAAGCUAAAGAUUUACUAGAAGGUCAAGCUAAAAAAUGA